AUGCCGCGCACAUUCACGAGCGAGACGAGCUUCCCAUAUCCCUGGCUGCACACCGCAAGAGGAGUGUGGUACAAGUACCCGAACCCGCACGCCACGCACGUCAGGUCGGUCGACGUGCUGGACCAGUCCAUCUGCCCGCGGACGGGAAAGCUGAGGACAGAGAGGAUCCUGGGCGUUCAGCAGAACGCUCCCAGGUGGGCCGCAAAGCUCCUCGGCGGAGGCGAAGAGACCUACGUCCGCGAAGUCAUCAUGCUUGACCCCAUCUCCAACACUGUCGAGAUGAGCAGCACAAACCUCUCGCUGUCGCAGUACCUCCUGGUCAAGGAGUACAUCACCUACACGCCCUCGGCCACGGGCCACGCCACCGACUUUCGCCAAAAGGCCACCAUCGAGUGCAGGGGCCUCCAGGGCGUCCUGGCGUCGGCGGCCAGAAAGGUCGAGGACUGGAGCUUUGGCCGCUUUGGCGACAAUGCCGCAAAAGGCAGGCUGGGCAUGAUGGAAGUCCUCAAGGGGCUCGACGACCGGCAAUGA